GUGCGGCUGUCAGCUGAACUCUGUCAUAUGACCAGGAGCGUCUGUUCUGCUUUGUCCGCUUGGUGGUUGACUGCGAAUCGUUCGUCGUCGCGAUCCCGGGGCUUCCGUGGGCGGCUCGCCAAGAGAGGUUUUAAAUUACAGUAAUUAUGGACAUUCGGGGUGCUGUUGAUGCUGCUGUCCCCACCAAUAUCAUUGCUGCUAAAGCAGCUGAAGUUCGGGCUAAUAAAGUAAAUUGGCAGUUGUAUCUACAAGGGUUAAUGAUUUCAGGAGAAGACUGUGAAUUCAUUCAAAGAUUUGAACAAAAACGGACUCCAGAAGAAAAGCAAGAAUUAAUACAAAGAGAAGGCAAUCAAUGUGCUAAAACAUUCAUAAGUCUGAUGACUCAUAUCUCCAAGGAACAGACAGUUCAGUACAUUUUAACUAUGGUUGAUGAUAUGCUGCAGGAGAAUCACCAGCGGGUUAGUAUUUUCUUUGACUAUGCAAAGAGGGACAAGAACACCGCAUGGUCUUAUUUCCUGCCAAUGUUGAAUCGUCAGGAUCUUUUCACAGUGCAUAUGGCUGCCAGAAUUAUUGCUAAACUAGCAGCUUGGGGUCGGGAGCUGAUGGAAGGCAGUGACUUAAAUUAUUACUUCAACUGGAUUAAAACUCAGCUUAGUUCACAGAAACUACGUGGUACUGGAAGUGCUAAUGAACCUGGAACUGAUAGUUCACAAUAUGUCCAAUGUGUUGCUGGAUGUUUGCAAUUGAUGCUCAGAGUCAAUGAAUACCGUUUUGCAUGGGUAGAAUCAGAUGGAGUAAACUGCAUAAUGGGAGUAUUGAGUAAUAAGUGUGGUUUCCAGCUUCAGUAUCAGAUGAUUUUCUCUGUCUGGCUCUUGGCCUUCAGUCCCCAAAUGUGUGAACACUUGCGGCGUUACAAUAUUGUUCCUGUUUUAUCUGACAUCCUUCAAGAGUCUGUAAAAGAGAAAGUAACAAGGAUCAUUUUGGCAGGAUUUCGGAAUUUUCUAGAAAACUCCACUGAGAGAGAAACCCGCCAAGAAUAUGCUCUUGCAAUGAUCCAGUGCAAAGUACUGAAGCAAUUAGAAAAUUUGGAGCAACAGAAAUAUGACGAUGAAGAUAUAAGUGAGGAUAUAAAAUUUCUGUUGGAUAAACUUGGAGAGAGUGUCCAGGAUCUCAGUUCUUUUGACGAAUAUAGUUCAGAGCUUAAGUCGGGAAGACUGGAAUGGAGUCCUGUUCACAAAUCUGAGAAAUUCUGGAGGGAGAAUGCUGUAAGAUUAAAUGAAAAGAAUUACGAACUGUUGAAAAUUUUGACAAAACUUUUGGAAGUAUCAGACGAUCCCCAGGUUUUGGCUGUAGCUGCUCAUGAUGUGGGAGAAUACGUACGGCACUACCCUCGAGGAAAACGUGUGAUCGAACAGCUUGGUGGAAAACAGCUUGUGAUGAAUCACAUGCAUCAUGAAGACCAGCAGGUUCGGUACAAUGCCUUACUUGCUGUGCAAAAGUUGAUGGUUCAUAAUUGGGAAUAUCUUGGAAAACAGCUACAGUCAGAACAGCCUCAAACAGCUGCAGCACGAAGUUGAGCCUUAACUCUCUUUGAUGAGAUAAUCAUAAUUGCUACAAGUACCUUCAAGUACACAGAAGAAAAUAAUGUAGUUGAAUCCCUUUAGCGUCUGCUACUGUGAGCUUUCCUUCCAAUAAAUCUUCCGAUCUUGUUGCCUGAA